GCCGUGGUCUUGUCAACUCGGUCCCGUCAACAUUGCUACCUAUUUGCUUGCUGACUGUUACUGUACCAUUCAGAAGCAAGGAAGCGUCCAGCUUGACGUAAUCCUACGACCAUGGUAGACUUCCGACCUAGUGAUGCUGCAUCACCCCUGAGCUCCGCCGCUGCUCCAGCUGUCAAACGAAAGCGGCUUGCUUCGUGCCUGGGUGAACAGGAACGUCGGGAUAGAAAGCGGGCCAUUGAUCGCGAAGCCCAACGUUCCUUGCGAGAAAAAACAAAGGCACACAUCGCCGACUUGGAACGCACCAUAGAAAUACUGCGCCAACAAGACAGCAAUGGAGCCACUGCGAGCUUGUUGUCCGAGAUUGACCAACUGCGAGCGGAGAAUGUGCGGUUGAAGGAGAUUAUCGAUAGUGUCAGGAAUCUGGUAGGUGGUCCAGUUGCAUCACGUAACACUACGUCAGUAAAUGCGUCCAAUGGCCAUGGCGAGAACGGUUCGUCAGCUGCGAACAGCAUUACCGGACAACCAUCGCCAAGGCCUUUUCUUCCAAAUGACCAAAGAAAAUCAUCGACAUGUAUCGUCGAUCAAAAGACUUCCGCGGAGACAUUCACAGCACCAAGAUGCCUUGAUCUUGAUAGCAUGCCUGUGCAGGCAGUCAUGGAUCCAGCGACAGCAAACGACCUCAAUCUGGACAUGGAUAUAAAUUUGGAACUCGCUACGGUCAACGACGAAGAAGACGUUGAAGAGAUGCCUCGCAAUACUCAGCUCGCCGCCCCAUAUGCACCCUUGAUGGAAGAGCUCUUCGGCCCAGAUUGGCGCUUACCCUCACCAACAACGCUUUACAUCGGAAACCCCGACCUGCGGCUACCCGCGUCAAUCAAAUACUAUCUUCACGCUACUAAAGAGGAAUUGGAUAAAGUGCCUGAAUGGCUGAAACCCAGUCCCUCUCAAGCCUCUACCACUCACCCAAUCGCUCUCGACUUCUUCGCUUGGCCCACACUCCGUACUCGCCUCCUCGCAAACCACGCUUCCAUCUUCCAAUCGACUGCUCUAUCCCGCGCAUACUCGCACCAUCUCCAUUUCGCUUGGCCCUUUAGCUUUGAAGACGCGUUUUUCCAAGACUCCAGGACGGGCGAGUAUUAUCCAAGUCCAUUGUUCGAGCGGUAUCAUGGAGACUUGACGUUUUGGGGUGUAAAGGAGGGCUUUUAUGAUACUUUUCCAGAGAUGAGGAGUGAUAUCGAGGGGGAUAAGGGGAGGUUUGGUGAGGGCUGUGGAUGGUAG